GGCUUCCUCAAUGCUACUGGUUUAUGGUUAACAACUAAAUUGGAUAAAAGAUAAAAAUAUUUUAAAAAAUUUGGAUUUAUAAUUUGUUUAACGGUCACAGACUAAGCCAUUUUAAACGGUUACCACUCAAGAAGAUGAACUUAAAACCAUAGAAUUUGGUAGGGGCAUGUCCAGCGACCAAUAGUUUUAAUCAAAUCAAUUAAAUGUAACCACUAUUGUCCGUCAGCGUGUAGUCAAUGUAUUUGGUAGGCUACAAAACAGGUUAACAGUCCUUGUUGUCUACUACGAGUCCCGUGCGUUUAUUUAGGUUUUGAAAGAUUAUGUCCACCCCCUCAUAUGCCUGACAGUGGUUUGGUCCACUGCCCACCUUUUUCAAACCCUCAGUCAGCAGCACAGAGAGACUCUGUGAGGAUGAGCAGGUGAGGAGGGCAGCAGUGGAGAUGACGGGGCAGAGCAAUGUGGACAUACCCGAAGCAGGAGCCAUCUUCACAUUUGGAAAGAGCAGUUUUGCUGACAAUGUGCCUAGUAAAUUCUGGCUGAAGAAUGACCAGCCAGUGCACCUAUCUUGUGGCGGAGAGCACACUGCUGUCAUCACAGAAAAUGGCAGGCUGCUCAUGUUUGGUGGUAAUACUUGUGGACAACUGGGGCUUGGAUUUAAGCCUGCUGCCAGCAAACCUGCCUCUGUGAAAGCCUUAAAGUCUGAGAAGGUGAAGCUUGUAGCUUGUGGGAGAGAUCACACAAUUGUCUGCACAUGGCGAGGUAGUGUGUAUGGUACUGGUAGUAACCAAGAGGGGCAGCUCGGUUUGGGCCACUGCAACAACACUACAUCCUUUCACCUGCUGAGGCCCUUCUGUGACGAUACACCAAUCAAAAUGCUCUCUGCAGGAUGCAACACCUCAGCUGCCUUAACAGAGGACGGGAGGCUGUUCAUGUGGGGAGACAACUCUGUGGGUCAGAUUGGUUUAGGAGAUGAGGGAUUUGCAGCAGAACCCAGAGAGGUGAAUGUUGGGGAAGCGGUGAUGUGGGUCUCCUGUGGGAACCAUCACUCAGCUUUUGUCACAGUGGGUGGAGAUCUCUACACGUUUGGUGAGAGUGCGAACGGAAGGCUUGGUCUCCAGGUGGAGCAGCUGGCCAAUCACAGAGUCCCUCAGCGGGUGCAAGGGAUGCUGGGUCAUGUCACCCAGGUGUCCUGUGGAGGGGAACACACUGUGGCACUCACAGAGGAAAGUGUGUACACGUUUGGCCACGGUCAGUACGGUCAGCUCGGCCACGGGACGUUUCUAUUUGAAUCUGAUUUGCCAAAACCUCUGGAGCACUUUAGUAACACUAGCAUCAAUCAUGUCGCCUGUGGAAGGAACCACACCGCUGUGAUCACAAACAGCGGGCUUCUCUACACGUUUGGGGAUGGUCGUCAUGGAAAACUGGGGUUAGGGGAGGAGAACUUCAUCAACCUGUUCAGCCCAACACUCUGCACACGUUUUCUCAAGUACAAUGUUCAGUUAGUGUCCUGCGGUGGUAACCACAUGCUGGUACUGGCUGCACCCAGACCACCAGGGAGCCAAGAAGUGGUGCCAAAGAAGGAAGUCACAAUCACAGAGAACGUUUUGGAGUCAGGUUACACAGAAAUCCUCCUGCUGGACACUUUGAUCGAUCCUAACCCACUAGUCCCGCUCUCGGCCCUCUUGGCUCGAGCCCGCCACAGAGAAAAACAAAGCUCUGUGGAACUGUUUGGGGAGAUGUUUCAGAACCUCCCACGUCUAAAUUCUGGCUUCCUCGACACAUCCUGGCAAACAUCCAGAAAUAUCCCAACCCCUAAAACACUUUCAAAGGACAUUACAACCCCUUCAUCAUCCCCCAAACCACAAUCAGAAAUUACACCAAGCCCACCACUCUCCCCCAGAUCUCUGUACAAGAGUCCAGUGUCAUCCUCUAAGCCAUCAAGCCCACAUUUUCAGUCAUCAAACGUGUUUCAGAAUAAAUCCUCUUCCGCUGCUUCCUCUAAGUCUAAAUCCAAAGAGUUGCCUUCUCCCUUACUGUCACCAAAGUCUGUAACUAAACGUAGCCCUCACAUCCCAGUGUUUCCUAAAAAGACUGAAAAAAAAAGACUGCACAGAUUGGCAACCGCUAAAAAGGCCUUAAUUGAAAAACUGCCAUCUCCUCUACCACCUAAAGAACCCUGUAGCCCAACAAGACCCUCCAGUGAUAUUUCCAUUAAACAUCUCAGCGAGGAGAAGCACCCUGCCUCAUCACAAACAGAGGGAGAAACUGCUCAGGGACAAAUUGUCAUAGAAGAUGGAGAUGAAGAAGGAGUCGACUCUGACUUUUUGCCAAAUAUGGAAAAGAAGAAGGGCCGAGCUCUUAGAAGAACUACGAAAGAGGCAGAGGCGUUUGCCAAAAAGCUCCAAGCCAAUGGAAAGGCAGAACAAAAUUCUCACAAAGCCUUACCCACAGAGCUCCUGAAAGGCUCCAGCUACUUAACGAAAGAAGUGUCUCAACUAAAGAGCCCAAAGAGUCCCCAAAAACAAAACCCCAAAGUCACAUCUAAAGGCAAAGAGAACAUUACCAAGCAGUCCAAGGAGAUCAAAACUUGUGAAGAUAGACAAGCUCAAAAAGAACCCUCACAUUUUAAAUCACCAAAACGUGAAAAGAGCAAACUAUCAGAAUCAACCCCAAAAACUUCACAAUCUGUCCGGAAAACACUGACCGAAGCAUCGCAGAGAAUGACUGAAGUAAAAGAAAAUACCAGGAGACAUAGAAAUGUGAAAAGUAAUAUAAACCAAGAGGAUAUUGAAGCCAGCACUUUAAAGACAGACUUGAUAAGGAAACCAAAAAAGGAGAAGAAUUUAUCAUCAGCUUUGGACAAGACUCCUCCUGUUAUUAAGAUCUCUAAAGGAAAUGAAUUAACCAGCAUAUCUGUCCAAAGUGAAAAUUCAACAUCUGUAGAACACGUUGCAAAAGAAGAUGCAGAAACCACUGACGUCAGAGCUGUUGGAGUGGAGAGCCAAGGGGAGACUCCAUCAAAAGAUUUGCACAAGGUCAAAUCUGUACGGGGCAAAGGUCAAAGUAAAGCACUAGAUGUAAAAUCACUACCAGUGAAAAAAGAAACCACACCCGCUCAGCUUGAUACUAAGAAAUCUACACCUGUGAAAGUUAAAGGGAAACCACACCACAAAUCCACAACAGUCAAAAAUCUAAGUAAAAGCAAAGAAAAUACUCCAGUUAAAAGUAAAAGCAAAGGAAAACUUGUGGAAAAUGAGUUAAACAUUGCCAAGAACACAGCUCAAAGAGUGAAGGGUAGAGCUACAGAUAAGCCAAAGAUACCUGAUGUUGACAGCUCUAACGUGAAGGACAAAAAGAACGCAAAAGAAUCUAAACUGAAAGUGAAAACAAAGCCAAGGAAAGAUGAAAGAGGGGAAAUCAGAGUUGAAGGAAAAGAUGAUUUAAACUCUAAAGAUAAGGAGAGUGCCAAGCAGAGGAGUAAGCAGACUGAAGCUUCUAGCCCGCUGUUAUCAAAACAAGAUACACCUAUUGAAAUGGCGUGUAACCCCAUUUCCUCACAAAGCCCAAAAAGAACAGAGGUGGUUUCCAAAUCCAUGCAUGGCCCCGAACCUAUUCAUAGGGAUUUGCUUGUUUCUGAUACAAGCAGAGAGGAUUUUCCGGGCCUGGCAGGAGAAAAGCCUAGGUGGGGGGAAAUUCUCAGUACCGCGGCCACUCUUGUUCCUGCUGUUGGGAUAGCAGGUGCAGCUAUGGAGGUCCUUAGUGAGGCAGUGACAAAACUUGGGGCUUUCCAGUCUGACAGUGACACAGUCGCCUCUACACCACCUAAAACACCAAGUCGAGGGAAGCAAUUCAAAAAGCAGAGUGCAAUUAUGCAACCUUCCUUUACCUCAACAUUGUCACAUUUUUCUUCAACAGAAGCAACAGAAGAAAGAAAAGAUGUUCAGGUUAGUGUCCGAUCAGAGUCAGAGACAGUUCAAGAAGAAGAAAGUAAAGAUACCACUCAUGAUGGGUCACAAGAGGGGGCGGUGAUCAGUGACAUGUCCGAUCAGAUUGGGGGUGAAGACAUUUCACAAACAGAGGGGAAGAACAGUAGCACGGAUAUAGAAACGUCCGAGCAAGAAGAUGAGAAAACCUACAAGCCUUCAGAAGAAGACGAGGAUAAUGAGGGAGGAACAACAGGUGCUGAGGACGAGGAAAAGGAGGAAGAUGAAGAGGGAGAGAGUGAGAGCGAUGUGGAAGACGAAGAAGAAGAGCAUGAGGAGGGAAGUGAAAGUAGCGAUGACAUAGAAGAGGAAAAGGAGAGUGUUUCUGGAGAGGGUGAGGAAGAGCAAGAUAAUGAGACUGCAGAGGGAGAUGGUGAGGAGGAAACAGACUCUAGCAGUGAGGAAGAAAGUGAGAAGAGUGAUGUUACAGAGCCUGAAGAGGAAGAAGAAGAAAGCAGCGAGGAAGCAGGUGAAGGAGGGAGCGAUUCUGAGGUAAGUGAAGAAGCAGAGGAGGAAAGUGAAAGUGAAGACUCUAGUGAAGAAGAGAACAAAGAAGAAGAGGAAGAAAGUGAGGAUGAAGAAAAUGAAAGUAAUGAAGCAUCGGGGAGCAGCAAAGAGGAGGAGGAAGAGGACAGAGAGGGAAGUGAGACUGCAGCAUCUGAUUCUGAAGAAGACAACGAAGAAGAAGAAAAUGAGGUUGACACAGAUGAAGAGGGUGAAACUGAGGAACAAAAAGACGACCAAGAUUCCACUGAAAGUGAGGAUGAGGAGAAAGAAGACGAAGAAACAGGUGGGAGUGAAGGAGAGGAAGAUGAGAAACAGGAUGGAGAAAGCGUUGAAAAUGAGGAGGAGGAAGAGGAAGGCAGCGAGGUUGAUGAAGAGGAGGAAGAGCAAGAUGAAAAGAGUGAUAAAGAAAAUGAGGAGGAAGAAGAGGGUGAGGAAGAUGAGGAAGAUUUAGAUGAUGCUGAAGCUGAGGACGAGACUUCAGAGGAGGAGGAAGAGAGUAAGGAGGAGGAAGAAGAGGGUGAGGAAGAUGAGGAAGAUUUAGAUGAUGCUGAAGCUGAGGACGAGACUUCAGAGGAGGAGGAAGAGAGUAAGGAGGAGGAAGAAGAGGGUGAGGAAGAAGGAUCUUUAGAUGAAGGGGAAGCAGAGGAUGAGGGUGAGGAGGAGGAAGAAGAGGGUGAGGAGGAGGAAGAAGAGGGUGAGGAGGAAGAGAGUAAGAAAGAGGUUACAGAUGAAGAGGAAGAAGAGGGUGAGGAAGAAGGAUCUUUAGAUGAGGGGGAAGCUGAGGAUGAGACUGCAGAGGAUGAAGAAAAACAUGACGAGGAGGAAGUGGAUGAGGGAGGAGUUGAGGAAGGGACUGCAGAGGAGGAAGAAGAGGGUGAGGAGGAGGGUGAAGAGAGUAAGAAAGGGAUUACAGUGGAGGAGGAAGAGGAAGGUGAGGAAGAUAUAUCUUUAGAUGAGGGGGAAGCUGAGGAGGAAGAAAAAAAUCAAGAGGAAGAAGAGGAUGAGGGAGGAGUUGAGAAAGAGACUGCAGCGGAGGAAGAAGAAGAAGACAGUGAGGAAGGUGCUACAGAAGAGGAAGGAGAAGAGGAAGAGGAACUGAGUGAAGGUGAGGACAAGGAAGAAAUAAAGAGAAAAGAGAAAAGUAGGGAGGCUAAAAAAAAGGCGAUGGUAGAGAGCGAUGAGGAGGAGGAGGAGGAAGAGGGUGAGGAAGAAGAAGAGGAAGAUGAGAAGGAAACAAAGAUUAAACUAAAAACAGAGCCAAGACUCAAAAAUCAGAGAGAAAAAACAAAACAGGAACAAACUGAAGGAAAGAAAGCUAAUGAUUCUGAAGAAGAUCUAGGUGCAGAGAGUGAGGAAGAGGCUGGCGAAGAAGGAGAAGAGAAGGAGGGAGAAGAGGAUGAGAAUGAGGAAGAGGCUGAUGAAGAAGGAGAAGAGGAGAGAGAAGAAGAAGAGGAGGAGCAGGAAGAAGAAGAGGAAAAGGUAAAAUCAACAAAUCCAAAAAAAGUGGACACACAGAAGUUGCCUCAUGAAGUUGCUCCGUCAGACAGAAAAGAAAAGAGACAGACACCCAAACCGGCGCCGAGGACAAAGCAGAGGGCUGCAGGGGAGAAGAAAACGGACGGCCCUCAGCAGUUCUGGAACGAUGUACUGCCACAAUACCUCGACCUGCAGUGAAUCAAAUAGUGUUUAAAAACGUGUCGGCUAAAAGUAUAUUUUUCUUGUUGUAUAUUUAAACAAAGCCCAUUAAAAGACCAAAACCAA